UUCGGGUAGUUCUGAGCUCUCGCUUGCUUCACUCCCUCUUCUUCUCUCUCGACCCAGUUGCGCUUCCGCUUCUACGAACCAAGGCCAACAGUGGUUUACCCCCCAAACCCUAAAUUGAGAUAUUUACUUGCUGUUGCACAUGGAGGCUUCAGAAGAACAGUAUGCUGAAUUUGAGGAGAAGGUGAAAAGAACUGUUUACCUUGACAACCUCUCCCCACAGGUCAAUGAAUCGAUUGUCAAACAAGCUCUGGAUCAGUUUGGGAAUGUGAAAAGUGUUCAGUUUAUUCCAAAUUACUUAGGAUCAAAGAACAUGCAACAGUGUGCACUGAUUGAGAUGGAGAACCAAACACAGGUUAAUGCCGUUGUCUCAGACAUAACAGAGCAGCCUUUCAUGAUUGGGGGGAUGCCAAGGCCUGUGAGGGCACGUAAGGCUAAAAUGGAAAUGUUUGAUGAUCGUCCUGUGAAGCCUGGUAGAACGAUAGAGGUGCGUUGGGUGGAGCCUGAUGAACCUGAUUUUGAGGUGGCAAAGAAACUGAAGGAGCUUGCUAAAUUUCAUGCUGCAGACACUGAAUUUUUGCUCAAGGAGCAACUGGAGGAUGAAGAGAAACUUGAAAAGCAGCAACAGGAAUCCCUCAAAGUAACACACAAGAAGUAUAAAACGGUAGAUGGUGUGUUAGCCGAUGGAACUCUUAAGCAAUUGGGUCGUGGUUAUCAUCUUCCAGUUGGAGAUGAUUGAAUUCGAGGGUAAGUAGUCUUCGUUCCUCAACCUUGGUUUUGGUUUCUGUAGAUGAAUUAACUCAGAGGCAAUGACCUUAUUAGGUGUAUGUGGCCUUUAGUUUGUCUUUUGACUUGUAUUAUUUAAUGGUUGAUAAGCUAGCUUUAUAUGUCCCAGAGAAAACCCAGCUCUCUCAAACCUUCUAAUUUACCAGUUAUCAGAACCCAAGUGUUUUGGUGAAAAGGAGGCAA